UUUUUUUCAAGUCUUACCCAAAAGGAAGUGAGUAUGAAGUAAAUUGCAUAAACUUAAAGUACUGCAGAGAUGAAACCCAAAGCAGGAAGAGACAUGCCACCCAUGUCCUGGACAGGAACACACCGUGUCAUGUGAAGAGACAUGACAAAAACAGCCCUCUUUAAAUUACUUUUGGCAAUAGUGAUUGCGUUCAUUUUACUUUUGCCCGAAUAUUUUAAGACACCGAAAGGAAAUGUAUUGGAGCUCUCAUGUCUGGAAGUAUGUUUACAACCUAGUUUCAACUAUUCACUCCGCUCUUUGAAUUUUUCUUUUGUGACUUUUCUGAAACCAGUAAGAGAAACGCAGACUAUUAUGGGACUCUUUCUAAAUCAUUCCAACUUUCAAAACUUCACCAGGAUUUGCCAAGGCUUCACAAGUGAAUUUAAAAUGUGCUCAUGUUUGGCUUGUGAGUCCAAAAAAAGCAUGGAUUUUAUUUUUCAGGAACAAACAUCAAAAGUUCUUAUCAUGAAAGGAUCAACGGAAGUGAAGGCAAAUGAUGUUCGUUCACCUUGUCAACAUUUUAACUUCUCUGUAGCUCCUACAGUUGAUCCCUUGGAUAAGUAUAACAUGACUUGUAAUCUAAAGACCCGCACGAGAAGGCCAGCAAUCAUUGAGGAAGAUCCGCUCAGGGAAAAGUCUAUGAACCAUACUUGUAGGACUAUGGAAUUCCUGAAUAAUUGUACACACAUUUCUCUGCACCUAGAAAUGGAUGUCAAAAAUUUCACUUGUUCCAUGAAGAUCACUUGGUAUGUUUUAGUUCUAGUUGUUUUCAUAUUUUUUCUCAUCCUCACCCUCCACAAAAUACUUGAAAGCCACAGAAGAAUGUGGAAAUGGCAGAGUCAUAAAUACAAACCUACUUCUGCUCUCCUAAGAGGACAGGAUUCCGAGAAACUGCGGACCUUGAACGUGCGGGUUAUUUCAGAGACCAAGCAGAGGCUGCCCUUGACUCAGGUCAAGAAAGGGCUUCCUCCAAUACCGGAACUAGAAGUUUCUUCCACGGUGCAGCCGCAAGAUCGGUAUACACGAAUAUCCUUCUGAAUUCCUCUGGACCACUUGGACUGAACCCUUUUGAAGAAUACUCAUAAUUUCAUUUUGGGAAUGAGUGAACUAGUAAAUAUAUGGGUCCAGCUGAGGAUUCACAGUAGGAAACAGUAACAAUGCUGACUGGUUGAUGGAAACUGGCUUGAAAGCAGUCAUUUGACCCAAGAGAUCAAAGAAACAAGAAUUUUUCCAGGAAGCCAUCAUGAGUCAUGGAAAACAAGCUGAUAAAACCCGUGGAAACAACACGGGCAUGCUCACUGUCCUUGCUUAUCUGUUAAUUAUACAGCUGACAGUGACCCCAAGAUUUUGAUUUUGAAAGGAACCAAACCCAGGAUCAAGGAUGAACAUCUUUUCUCUCAUUUGCCCACAUUGCACAUUCUGCCUUGAUGGGUUUUCUUAUACAGAUGGAUUGUUUCUUUUUGGCAAAUUACUUAAGAGGGCCUGGGUUGUUCAUUGAUAUAUUUGUUCGGAUUUAUAAAUUCUGCUUCCUUUUGGCACUGAGGAUGUUUUAAAAAACUUCAAAGAUACCAAAAUAAAAUGAAUUUAAAUGAAA